CAAUAGCCACAGCAGGAAGUGACAUCAAAAUUCAUGACGUCACAAACUCGUCGAAGUGCUUUCGCAGUGCAAUGUAACCUAUUUAGGAAUGCUAUUGGUAAUACUGACAGUAUUUGUAGUAAAUAACGGAACGCAGCCAUAUACACAUUGGAUUCCGGGGGAUCACGGGUUUAUACGAAGAUAAAUCGUGUGACUGAUAUAGAUUACACGUCAAAACUUGAAUGUCAUACUGUUGCAUACGAGUGAAUAGGUAGUAACAAAAAGUUUGAUGUAGCUUUUAGAAUUUAUUUCGUAUAAUAUAAUAUUUUUGGUUUUAAAAGACACGUAAAGUUGAUACAAAUUUCAAUUUGUGCAACGUAGUGUGUGAUUUCUACAAAAAUGGGUUCUAGUUCUAGUAAAGGAAAAGAACAGGUUCUAGUACAAGAAAAGAAAAAUAUUUCUGAUACAAGAAGACAAGUUAACAUCAAGAGUGAUGCAAACUUGGAAUUUAAUUCUAAUAGAAAUACAAGAACAGCCGGAUAUGAUUGUUAUUUACAUAAUCAUGUCAAUAAUCCACCUAAGGUUUCUUGCAAACCGUUCAAUGAUUCAACCAAAACAGCUACCAACAAACCAAGAAGUAAAGUACCCACAAAUAUACCUGAUGUAUUGUCCUUAAAAAUACUUACAAAGGAUGACUUUAUACCAAUGUGGAUUUCAUGGAAGAAUGACUUCCUCACAAAUAUGAAGUUGAUUGAUCAAGCAGAAAAUAAUAAAGAAAAGUGGGGUAUCAUGCUCUUGAAUCGUUUGGGACUUGUUGGACAAGACAUAUACAGAACUUUUACAUUUGAUGAUAGUCAAGCGAAUGAUGAUAUAAAUGUAUUACUUGAGAAAUUUGAUCAUUAUUGCAUGUUUGGUGGCAAAAAAAGAAAACAUAAUGAAGAUAUUGAUGCAUAUGUAAAUAACUUGAAGGUAAUAGCAUCGAAAUAUACGACUAAUGUGGAUGAGAUAGUAAAGAAGAAAAUUCUGGAGGAAAUAGAUGUUGGAAAAUUUACAAACAAUGCUAAGAUCUUAAUUCCAGGAUUCUCAUUUCCAUCAAGCACAAUGUUUUUAACUAUACAAGAAAUAACACAUAUUUGGAUGAGGUAUGAAAAUGUAAGUUUUAAAAAAGAUGAAAAAAUUGUUAAUUAUACAGUUAAAAACUGUAGCAAGUGUAGUUUAGACCAUGCAAUAAAUUGCUGUCGAGCACAUGGUAGACAAUGUACGAAGUGUGGUAACAUGAAUCACCAUUGGAGCAGAUGUCCAUCUCAAUAUAAAGAGAAUUGUUCAUAUUGUGGAGAAAGUCACUUCUAUCGACAGUGUCCUGCUUAUAUGAAUGAAUGUAGCAAAUGUUGUAGACUAAAUCAUUUUUAUUGGAUGUGUGGAAUUUUAAAGAUCUUAAACUGCAAUUAUUGUGGUUUAACGCAUAUCGCGUCUAAAUCCGCGUGCUCUGCAGUAAAUACUAUAUGUGUAAACUGCAACAAAAUAGGUCACGUUUCAGGAAAAUGUCGGAAGAAUACACGUACAUUUUAAUUUGAAUUAGGAGCAUUGCUUUUACUUUUUGUUU